UGACGGUGCUAUUUCGAGAAACUUCCAGCCCCCUUUCCCACACGUCACCGUGCGGAAUCUUUAAAGGAUCCGUUGACUGUAUAACAUGGCACAGUAUAAAGGAUCAAGGAGUUUGAGCAGCAUGAAGACACAGUCACCAAUGGUAGAUAUGGCCAAUAACAACGACCCUCUACCCCCAGGAUGGGAAAUUAAAAUUGACCCACAGACAGGAUGGCCUUUUUUUGUGGAUCACAUUAAUCGCACAACAAGCUGGAAUGACCCCAGACACGAUGUCAAAAAGGUCAGCCAGUUGUCUCAAAAUGGCCCAUGUGUGCCACCAGAGCCGAGUCCUCAGGAGAUGCAGAAGGCCUUUGUGAAGGACAUGAAGCACCCCACCCUCCGCCAGGGUUACAUCCCAAUCCCAGUCUGCCAUGAAGGCGCAGACCUCCGUCAGCAACACCCGUGUUUCUCCUACAUCCAGCCGACUGCUCUGCAAAAUAUACGGGCAGAAGGGCGGACACCCUCCCCCACCCCGACGCUCCACUGCAGGCCUAGAUCUCCUUUGCAGGGUUCCUCCGAGAGCUCUACUCCUGAGCCUUGCAUGUCCUGUUCGCCUAGUUUACAAGGACCUGAGGGCCAUCCCCUCCACCAGCCCCCGCGACCCAGCAGCACAGGCCUCCAGGCAGGUUACAUCCCCAUCCCAGUGAUCCACGAGAGGGCCGGAGGUCACCCACAACAAGCCCCUGUCAAUCCUGCUCUCUACACCCAGCGCUUUCCGGCUUACUCAGAGCACCAGCCCUCCUUCCACCGACUGCAGCCAGAGGACUGGAGCAGUCAUCAUGGAGCCACACCCUCUUCCCGGGAGCGAGCCUCCCCGUCCCCGAGCGUGCCUCCCCAGCACCGCGAGACUGCCGCCAUCCAUAUCCCACCGCAUAUAAGGAGCCAGUCUCCCCUCAGAGCACAGGUCAUUACAGAGAGACCACAGGUCCAGGUCCACCACCAUGUGCCACAGAGAGAAUCACCCCACAGAAUGGAGCAGGAGCAGGAGAUCUCUCAGUAUCCCCAAGCAGCGCAGAGAGAAGCUGACUCACAGCAGCGUCAACAGCCACAGAUCUCACAGCAACCACAGCAGCCACCACAACAGUACCAAGGACCACAACAACCACAGCAGCAACAACAUUAUCAACAACAGCCACUACAAUACCAACAACCACAACAACCACAACAACAGCCACAGCAGCCACAACUCCCACAGCAGCCACAACAGUACCAACAGCCAAAACAACCACAACAAUACCAACAACCUGAACAGUACCAAAAAUCACAACAAUCACAGCAGCCACAGCAGUACCAACAACCUGAACAGUACCAACAGCCACAACAGUACCAACAGCCACAGCAAUACCAACAACCUGAACAGUACCAACAACCUGAACAGUACCAACAACCACAACAGUACCAACAGCCACAGCAAUACCAACAACCUGAACAGUACCAAAAACCACCACAACAGUACCAACAGCCACAACAAUACCAACAACCUGAACAGUACCAACAACCACAGCAACCACAGCUGUAUCAACAACCACAACAGUCCCAGCAACAACCACAACCUCCACAACAACCCCAGCCACAGCCGCAACUGCAGCCGCAACAGACAGCAAACAUCACAGUCCAGAUGUCGCCGAAACCAGAAGCCCAGGAGCCAGUGGCUGUUCCUGCUCCACAGGAGGACUUGCCCCCAAAAUCAGAAAAUGAGCCCGCCGCUCAGUGUCACCCAGGCUUGGCUAAAGUGCAAAAGAUAGAGGAGAGAGUGGCGAAACUGGAGCAAGAGGUGAAAUGCUUUGAUGGGAAGAAGAAUGAUAAGAGGUACUUGCUGCUGGAGGAGCUGUUGACCAAAGAGCUUUUGGCACUGGACUCAGUGGACCCAGAGGGACGUGUGGACGUGCGACAGGCGCGACGUGACGGAGUCCGGAGGGUCCAAACCACACUGGAUGCACUGGAGAUGCUGGAUGAGCGGCCAUCGGGCUCAGUCAAUGAGUCCCCGAUGGAGGGUGACAGCCCGCCACAGAAAGUAGAGCAGCCUAGCAUGAUCAGCCAAGCGAAUGUGGAAAUGGCCAGAGAGAUCUCAUAAUGACUCCAUAGUUUUAUUAUAGUGAAGAGGAGACAAAUGUAAUCAAAGAUACAGUGGAAAUGGGCUGCUCCCUAUACCCGCCUUUCAACUGCAGAUAUCACAUAUGAACUAUACGAUGCAUGUAUUACUUAAUUUACAGUGUUGGUAUUGUCUGGCAUUCACCACAUUCUAUAUGUGAUGGUGGUAUCCGAGUGCAUCAUGUAUUCAAUGAUGUUAAGCCAUUGUUGUUGCCUUUUGCUGUGCCAAUGUCUUUUUGCAAGACCAUUUUCAUGAUCAAUGUGUUAAAGAGACAUGCAUAAUAGAGGUUAUAUAAGAGGCCUUUAUCCAUACAUAUAUAUAUAUAUAUAUAUGACUAAAAUGUACCUGUAUGUAGUUAAUUUCGGGUAAUGUGAUGUGGUUGUUUUUAAAGUUAUUCAAUACAUAUUCAAUAAGAAGAACACUGGUAUGUAGAUUAGUAGACAACUUCUCUAUAAGAAAGGGCUUCUGUGGAAAUUGUAAGCGAUGUUUAAUAUUUCCCUCUUUUAUUUUUAAUCCACUACUUCGAGAAACAAUAUUUACCUCAGAUUCCGUCAGAAGAAAUGGGACAAAUCAAUGUUAGUAAAUGUUAAUGACUCAGUCAUAGAAAAGUAUUUAUUUUUGUGCCUCAGAUGACAGAGCUACUUGAGAGAAAAAUCUUUUUUUUCUGCUUCAUUUACUAUGGAUAUCAUAUCAAUGUACACAGCAAAUGUGGAGGUCAAUGUUGCUUUCCUCUGCCCUGGUUGCAAAAGGAAAACAUCAACCAGCUAGCUAGGUGUACACAGUGCAUUCGGAAAGUAUUCCUUGACUUUUUGUUUUACAUUAAACAUUUAAUUUAAAAGUAUUCAUAACCUUUGCUAUGAAACUCCAAAUUUAGAUCAGGUGAAUCCUGUUACCAUUGAUAAUCCUUGAGAUGUUUCUCCAGCUUGAUUGGAGUCCACCUAUGGUAAAUUCAAUUGGUUGGACAUGAUUUGGAAAGGCACACACCUGUCUAUAUAAGGUCCCACAGUUGACAGUACAUGUCAGAGCAAAAACCAAGCCAUGAGGUCGAAGUUAUUGUCUGUAGAGCUCUGAGACCGGAUUCUGUCGGGGCACAGAUCUGGGGAAGGGUACAUUGAAGGUCUCCAAGAACACAGUGGCCUCCAUCAUUCUUAAAUAGAAGAAGUUUGGAACCACCGAGAGCUGGCCAGAGAGCUGGCCAACCUGGUCAAACUGCGCAAUCGGGGGAGAAGGGCCUUGGUCAGGAAGGUGAAAAAGAACCCGAUGGUCACUCUGACAGAGUUCCUCUGUGGAGUUGGGAGAACCUUCCAGAAGGACAACCAUCUCUGCAGCAGGUGUGCCAAGCUUGUAGUGUCAUACCCAAGAAGACUCGAGGCUGUAAUCACUGCCAAAGGUGCUUCAACAAAGUACUGAGUAAAGAAUACUUAUGAAACUGAUAUUUCCUGUUUUUUUUAUUUUUAAUAAAUGUGCAAAAAUGUUGUUUAAAAAAAAAACAUGUUUUUGCUUUGUCAUUAUGGGAUAUUGUGUGUAGAUUGAGGGAAACAACAAUUUAAUCAAUUUUAGAAUAAGGCUGUAAUGUUACAAAAUGUGGAAAAAGUCAAGGGGUCUGAAUACUUUCCCGACUGCACUGUAGAUAGCUAGCUACUUAGCUAAACAAUGGAAGGUGCACAAUCCAUGUCUACAAAGAUAGCUGGCUAGCUAGCUUUAAAAAAAGUUAACCUUUUAACUAGUCAAGCCAGUUAAGAACAAGUUCUUAUUUACAAUGACGGCAUACCCAGGCCAAACCCUAACCUGGGCAACGCUGGGCCAAUUGUGCACCGCUCUAUGGCUAGCUAGCUACCUACUCUAUAAGUUGGCUUGAUGUGCAAGAAAGUAAUAGAAACUUGCUUUAUUAUCUGAAUCAAUUUGUUUCUCCUGUCUUGAAUGUAGAAGUUCUAUUUUGCUAUCUCUCAAAACAAAUGUGAUCUCUUUGCCUAAUGUUCAGUCAGUGAAUCAGGUCAUAUCCCUGGUAACCAGAGACUCUUUCUGUCAUACAUGCCUUCAAACUACUGUAAAUCCCCUUAAGUAUGCACUUACCUAAGGAAAACGUUUGAGGGGCUCUAUGCCAUGCCCAAACAGUUCCCUUAGGUUAGGGGACAUUUAAGGUAAAUCCUUCUGAGAAACACUUCAGGUGUAUUAUGCACGCAGGCCCUGGCACUUAUUUCACCAUUAUAAUAGGCCUAUAUUUACAUUUUAUGAAAGGGUCUUGAUAUGUGACAUACAACAAUUCCAUCCAUUGACCUUUGAUUCAAGUCUAUGGUGUAAUGUUUGACAUUUCUAGAUUGUUUGAAGAAUUGUUCAUUUGUAAGUUCACUUGCAAUGUCAUCCAAAUAUCAUUCAUAUAUUUUAAAGAGGAAUGAUUUAUUAAUUCAAGAGUACAUUGAGAAAUUUUGGAUGUGAGCUGACUCAUCUCACAUGACAUGUGAGACUAUCAGCAUCAAAUGCUAAUCAAGAAUAACAAUUUCAAGGGUCAAUGUGUCAAUGUAAAAGUGUGCAUUUUUUAUCACAGCUUGUGCUUUGGAGUGUUGACAGCUUGGAGUCACGUUGGCAUGGAUGCAAAUAAAAUGUAUUAUUUUGAAAUGGUC